CCUGGCGCGCAGGCGCAGCGUGCGGGGCGGAGCCUUGCCGAGAGGGGGUCCGUGGCGGGAGAUUCCCAGGCUGUCAACGCGGUUUGUCCUCUUGGGAUCCCAUGGCUGUCCUUACUGGGCUUUGGGGCUCUUUUGCCCAUGUCAGCAGAGCGUUCAGCCAGCGCUGCUUCAGCACCUCUGGGAGCCUCCAUGCAAUCCAGAAGAUGACUCGGGUUCGCGUAGUGGACAACAGCGCCCUGGGCAACACCCCAUACCAUCGGCCUCCCCGGUGUAUCCACGUCUAUAACAAGAGUGGGGUGGGCAAGGUGGGCGACCAGAUCCUGCUGGCCAUCAGGGGGCAGAAGAAGAGAGCUCUCAUCGUGGGACACCGCAUGCCCGGCUCCCGGAUGACUCCAAAGUUUGACUCCAACAACGUGGUCCUCAUUGAGGACAAUGGCAACCCCGUGGGAACGCGAAUUAAAAUACCUAUUCCGGCCAGCCUUCGCAGGAGAGAAGGAGAGUAUUCCAAGGUCCUGGCCAUCGCUCAGAACUUCGUGUGAGCAGAGUGGCUCUGAGCUGAGCAGCCAUUCCCUCCACACCGGUGACAGUGUCACGGAACAGAAUAAAUGUUUUAAUGUAUGUUUUCUUCCUA